AUGUCUAAUCCGCAAGAAGAAGUGUAUAAAGAAUAUCUCAACUAUGAUUGGGAGUCCUUCACCGAAUUCCAGACAGGCUUGGAGGAGAUAUUGGGUAACUACCUUGAGAACUUGAAGGAACAGGACCCCGCAGUGACUUCUAUUCCUGCCUUGGAUAGACAGCAAUUGGUCAAUCAGGCAAAAUGCUUCUUUUAUUGUUCAAAUUCAGGAAAUAUCUUGAACUUGGACGACUUUGAGGACUGGAAGAUUCAUAAUGAGGAUAAGUAUAAGAAAUCACGUAAGGUAGAGGAACUCACUGAUGAGGAAGUAAAGAAGGAGGAAAAAGUGGAACCAGAACCAGCAUCAUCUGACCCACCAUACUCUUCCAAUUACCAAGAAUUGGUUGAAUUGAUUGUAGCUGGCAAACCAAUACCAGGGAUCAAAAAUAUACCUGAUACCGUUUUAUCUGAAGAAAAAUCCAAGCCAGAAGGUAAACAAAGAGUAAAGCCAUGGGAAAGGAAUAAGGAGGGUACAUCGGAAGAUUUUGUUUAA